GGUAUUCAAUUCUACACGUCUAUUUUAGAGGGAGGAGCGAAAUGCUCCAGUAAGCUCAUUGGCAACGAGUCUGGAAAGGAAAGAGAAGAAACUGAUGCACACAUGACAUUUUCUGACACUUUGCUCGUUGAUUGGGUCUGGAGACGUUUUGCCGCAAUUAAAUGACACGCAAAGAGGAAACCAAUUACACAGCGGACUAAUUCACCGCCAUGAAAGCGCAGGAGCUUCCCAGAUAAAAGCGCAAAACUGCAGGCCAUCGGAAAUCGACGAGCGGGUUACGUAGGUUAUGUUUUAAAUGGCGAAUAACCGCACCUCCUUUUCCAUUCACAACAUAUUAAACCGAGGACUUGAUUGCGAGAAAAAUGCCGGUCUCGUUGAGGAAUACGCAGAAGAGCAGGAGGCGCGGGAUUGUUCAAGCUCUUCUCUGCCGGUGGAGAACGCCGGAGCCGAGAGCAUCUCUUCCUGUGUGCUCGUGCUGGACUCCUCAUCCUCCGACCAGCAUUCAUGUGAGGAAGGAUCAACAGGAGGAGAAGACAAUUCACUAGAAAGACGGCACGAUCACGACAAGGACCAAGAGAAACCACAGAGCUGCAACUUUGAAGACAACAACGCCAAAUCGAGCAAAAAAAGGUCACGGGCAGCAUUUUCUCACGCACAGGUGUACGAGCUGGAGCGCCGCUUUAACCUGCAGCGGUACCUGUCCGGCCCAGAGCGGGCCGACCUGGCAGGAGCGCUCAAACUGACCGAGACGCAGGUCAAGAUCUGGUUCCAGAACAGGAGAUACAAAACUAAACGGCGACAAAUGGCAGCCGAGCUCACAACAACUCCCACGACAACCCUGGCAAAGAGAGUGGCAGUGAAAGUACUGGUGAGAAACGACCAGAGGCAAUACAACGCCGAGGAGCUGCCCAGUCCGUCUGUUCCUCCAUUAUACCAGUCAUUCCCUUACUAUCCUUACAUGUUCUGCUUCCAGCCGUGGAUCUCAGGAAACACUUUAAGUGGUGGCCUGUACUGAUUUACCGGAGUUGUAGCAUCAUGUGGAAAGUGACUGUGGAGACACAAACUGUCAAAAUAAGGCUAAAGAGUAAACAAAACUGCUAUUCCUCCGUGGAUUAUCAAAGCUGAAACUAUAAUAAACUAUGACCAUGAAACCAAAAGAGGAAUAUGAUAUACUGAUGUUCAUUUCAAUAAUGAUCAUUAAGCCAAAGCAAAGACAAUUCACACAAACUAGUUUCUAUCAUUUGUAGUUAUAUCUGUCUUUUUUUAUUGUUGUACAGUAAUGCAUUUGGACAAAUAUGCACACUUAAAAUCUAUGAAUUAUAUUGCUUUAGAUAAAACGAUAAAACCAAAAAGUGGUAUCUGCAAACAAACGAUGCUUACUUUUUGAUGCUAUUUUUAAUAGAUGUAGAUGUUUUGACAAAGUCAGAAAGUGUCUAAUAAUUUGAAACCUACACUGUAAAAAGUGAAAGUUGACUUAACUUAAAAAAAUUGAGCAAACCCGUUGCCUUAAAAUUAAGUACAUAAUAAUA